AACAUUAGAAACAUUGAGUCAAACAAAUAACAUGUGAUUUGAAACAAAGUUAUCCACAAAAAAGUCUCUUUGAUUAUCACCAAAGAGUUUGAUCCCAUGAGUGAUUAGAUUAUAUGUGUGUAUAUUGUGUAAUGAGCUUAUGUUAUGAGUCGUAACAUAUCAACGGUGGCCACGUUUGGCACAAUAUAUCUGUCGCGGCCGCUGUCGGUAUGUUUAGAGUCUCUGUUCAAGACAUCAAAUGAUGUAUUGUUUCAAACGGCAAAUGUAUUUCUUUUGAUGGCUUUCUUGUCAACCAAUGGUAUAUACGGUGUAUUAUAUCUUCGCGUUUGUCUUACCAUUGGUUGUCUAUUGAUUUGGUUGUGGGCGUGGGUCGUGACCUGUGAGGCCGAUAUCAUUGUCUGGAAUGUCUUGUUUACCACAAUUAAUGCCAUUCAUGUCAUUAUCAUUAUCUGGAAAUUACAUCCAUUUGUUAGGUUUCCACACGACGUGGAAAUGGUUUAUCGAAAUUUGUUUCAGCCGUUAAAAGUGUCGCGAAAUGUAUUUAAACAGAUAUAUGACUGCACUCGUGAAAUACAAACACUUAAACCAAACGAUAUCUAUGCCAUCGAAGGUCAGACUCGAGUCGAUAGACUGACACUAUUGUUGUCCGGAAGAGUAUCUGUGAUAAGAAAUGGCAAACCGCUACACAUUUUAGAUAGCCAUCAGUUUCUUGAUUCUCCCGAAUGGUUUGGUGUCGGCACUCAAGAAACAUACGAAGUGUCAAUUGUUGCCUUAGAAGAAUCUCGUCUUAUGAUUUGGAACAGAGAUAAACUCAAACUUUCAAUUUCUUGUGAUCUUUACUUACAAUCACUUAUAGACAAUAUUCUUGGUAAAGAUGUCGUCAAAAAACUUCUUUUGGUUACCGAUUCUGUGGGCAAUCAUAACUCUGCUGCAGGAGAAAGGACUACACUUAUAAUACCCAAUCAUCGAUCUAUGGAUCUACUCAUAAAAAGAAGUCAACUCAAUGGCAAUGACACAAAUGUUAAUUGUUUUUGGAAUUUAUCGCGAAUUACAGAAUCAGACGCCGAGACCUGUGUUUAAACAAUUCAUACAUUUUAAUGGAUUUUUAAUUUCAAUCCUUUAAAUAUUAAUGAUUGUAUAGU